AUCAUAGACUGGGAGUUUGCCGGCUGGUAUCUGAGCCACUGGGAAUAUGCUCGAGCUAUCUUUGCUUGCGGACGAUGGGAUGAUGAUUGGUAUGAUUGGGUGAACAAUAUCCUGGAGCCCUAUCGUAAUGAGUAUAUAUGGAUGGAAAAGCUACUUAGAGAGCUGUGGUCGUGA